CGGCCGAUCCUGUUACGUGGGGUGUCUCCUUAUCUAAAACUCAUCUACUCAUGAGCUCAAUUAGGUAUAAAAAGGAUCUUUUAAACAUUGCAAAACACCACUUAUUAGGAAUAGUACUGUGAAUAUUUGCCGAUGCAACAAUUCACAUUAUCUACCACUGAAAAUGCACUUAAAGAGUGCAAAACAAACGGAACCUAUGUCAUACCGACGGUCUAGUGGCAAGUAUUGUGUUGACAAUGAAAGGACACGAAGACAAUUAAAAGAAUAAACUGAUCAUGUCAAUGUGCGCCGAUGGUAGGAAAUACCCAUUGACCGUGCUACAGCUGUGUAUUGCCAAUGUACUGGUCACAUUCGUUUCAUCUCAAACAUGCAGUGUUGUUGACCCAAAUGUGUUACCGUCCACAUCAGAAAUGACGGUGUUCUCCUCGCCUGGGUAUAAUGCUGGAACCGGGACCUACAGCGCUGAUAUGGACUGUUUCUGGCUGAUAGACUCUGGGGCGGCUGACCUAAAGUUACUGAUAUUUAUGACCUACGACACAUCAUGUCCCGGCGAUAAAAUAUUUAUUUACGAUGGUAACGCCAACACAGACACAGCGCUGGCCAAUGGCGUGUGUGGAACCCCAUCAGCUCCAACACCGUAUUCCACCACCCAGCGAUACGCACGUGUGGAAAUGGUUUCUGACAGUAACGUAGAGAAGUCGGGGUUUCAGAUCGACGUCAUUGCUGCUAAAGAUUAUUCGGGAACUGGAUGUACGGCCACACAAUCCAUCACAGCCACCAGCUCGUAUCAGAUGCUGACCAGCCCUAAUUUCCCUGACAAGUACCCGAGUAACAGUAAUUGCCGAUGGGCCCUGACAAGUCCAGAUGGAUACCUCGAGAUAGACGUAAUUGUAAGUGACGUGGAGGACGACGACCCGACGUCAUGUGACUACGAUAAGUACCUGAUAUAUGACGGAGCCAACAAAUGCGACAAUAACAAUAUAAAAAUGAUAUGCUCUGAAUAUCCAAAAGUGACAUCCUACAGUAAUAACUCCACGGAAUCAACGGUGACCGUCACACUUGAGAGUGACGGUUCCGUCAACAGACGUGGAUUUCUGUUGCGCUUCCGGUCCGUUUCCACAGCAACCACUACUACACCUACUACUACAACCGUCACAACAGCAUUUAUCUCCGCCAUCAGUUCCACAACCGCCCGCACCACAAAUGGUCAACUUUUAGAAAUGAACAUGGAACUACUAGUGGGAGUAGUGUUUGGAUCCCUGCUGCUGAUAUCAUUCACGAUUAUUACUGUUGUUGUGGUGGUCAAAAAGGUAUCCAUGCCUCUUGAGAAAACAAUAACACCAGUUCAGCCGUACAGACCACGUCCACAACCACCAGAGGUACAGCCUCGACCGCGACGGUCAAACGGCAGCACGCAACGACCAUCUCUUCCUAACGGACACAAGACACAGGCGGCGGGCAUAGGAACGACACGAAUCGUCAGUGCCUGGUGACAAGAUUAAACAAACACGAAACGAUGACGUCAUGCUUAGGACACAAACCUAUGAUGUGGUUUAUGAGAAGGCAUGGUUAAGUGACGUUACGAUGGGAUUCUUCAUUGAUUGCUUACUAUUGCAAUGUGCUGAGUAGGGUUACAUGUUGAAAUUACUGUGAGUACCCUAUGAGAACGCGUAUCCGUGUAACAGAUUACCGUGAUGUCACUGCCGGAAGUCUCAUUCACACAGCUCAUGCAAUUCUUCGAAUUUCAGAGCGCAACCAACUGUUGUUUUUUGGAGCCAACGAGAGGCUGAAAUGUGACUAUGCUAUGACUGUAAAACAGAUUUUAUAUCUGCAUUGCCUUAUUUACCAUCGUCAGAUGGAAAUGCUUACAUUGCCCACUGAUGUAAACAGAACGGGCCUUGUGCAAUACUACAUUCCUUCAUUCCAACACAUCAUCCAUAUUAAUUUAUUUCAAACUUAAUAGUUUUUUAUAAUGGUAAAUGAAAAUUUAGGUUUCAGCACCUUCGUCUUCGUUUUUCCGAAAUGUUCAUAGUAAAACAUAAUCAAAAUUAGUAAGAAAACAUGUUUCCCUCCGUACAACUUAAAGGCUGAGAACUAGUGCAUAGAUUAAUGUUGAAAGAUUACCCAGAUCAUAUUCGCCAAGAAAAUAUGUUUGUGAAUAUUAUGAGCAUAGUGGGCUACUUUAGCGAGAUUCAGUUUGGGCGAUUUGGCGGACUUACAGGUUAAUCGCAAAAUGUUAAGCAUAAGCGAAAUCAUAUGUAGUAGAUAUGUUCUAACAUUUUUAGUUUUCUGUUACCAAAGUACUCGAACUUCUUAAUUUGACUGCACCGUAGAUAUUGAACUACAUUAAAUACAUGAUAAUAAAUGUGUAACUCGGUUAUUAAAAUAGAAAUCUGGUGCAUAAUUUAGAAACAUCGCCAAAUUUUUAAUCUGGAAAAAUAUCGUUCUAAACAGUGGUUUCAUAGUGGAUGUAACACAUGAUGUUAACACUUAAUUAGCCACUGCCGUAAAUAUAAUAUACUAGUAGCCAUUAACACCGAUAUGCUUUAACUUUAGAAAUGACGUUCGUUGUCAAUGAGUCGUUUACCAAUGAAAAACAAAAACAAAACUAUAGUUAAACGUCGUAUAUAACACUAAAAAACAACGGUAUCAAUGUGAUGAUGCUAACAAGGUAUACAAGAAUACAUUAUCUUGUCAGUGUACAUAGAUAAGUCCUGAGUACUAUAGUCCGGAACCUAUCCCAAACUAUAGUCAACGAAUCAAUAUAACUAACAAACAGCGCUUUGAUUUCAAACUCUAUAUAUUUUGUGUGUAGUUAUUUAUAAUAAUAAAAUAUUGCAAUGACGACUGCAGAAAUAUUGCAUAAUGAUGAAGAGGUGUGGAUGUUGAAUACAUGGAAUGUGUGGAUGUGUUUGUACUAGUUAAAUGACAUUUAAUGGAAGGUUUGUUUGAUUUUUUGUACAAAAGGAAUGAUAGACUAAUGAGUGAUUGAAUUGAAAAAAAAUACUUGCCAAGAGAUUUGUACAGGAAGAUGUAAGUAAGAUAGAGAAAGAAAUGGUUGUAAAUAAUGUGACAUAGUUAUGUGAUGUUAUCAUAACUUUACCCGGUGUAUAUUUGUUAUCAUUGUAUUUUUUAUCUUGUUUAAAUACCAAUUAAAAUGAUAAAUGUGAUUAUUUUAUAAAGAAUGAUAAAGGAGCUUAUCAAAGGGAUAUGCGUUCUUUGAUUUUUGUUAUUCAUACAAAAUAAACAACAAUAUCAGUAAAGUAGGAAAUCUAAAAAAU